CCCGAAACUCUUAGAGCACGCUUAUUACUUGAGUGUUCUUUGGGCAAUUUUCUCUCUCUGCGUUUGCUGUUACAUAGGCAGGCGAAACAGCAUACGUUGAAAAUUUUAGAGCCCAACGCAUUAGUUGACCUAUCGUCCACACAAGUACUCCACAUGCUACAUUUGCCCUCCAAUCGACCAUGGACAAAGGGAAAGAGAUAGGCAAACAUAUGCUUGUUUCGCAUAGCUCGUUAUAUAACAAAGAAGAUGAAAAGAUAGCUCACAUCGAUAUACUGAUCCAUUCACUUGAGGAUCCCGAUCCGUUUUCUGCAUAUCAGGCGUCAGAAGCGCUCCAUGACUACAUUAAUAUUGGGGACGCUAAUUGUAUAGUAGACGUACUUCAUCAAAGACAAAUACGCGUUGAUGAAACCAGCAACACCCACAUUUUGGAGUUACUGCACGUUUUGCUGAAGCAUAUUCGGAAACAGUGGAAGAGGGGCAGUAGUGUGGACACAAAUUAUGUAAUUAAUUUGCUCAAACUAUUCCCUGUGUUCAAUGAGCAAACCACCGAUCACUUCAAUGAUGUAGCCUCGUCUUCAGUACGUAGCCUUUUCCUUUCGACGGCGGCAUUUGCGUUGUAUCGAGGUUCUAACUUACGCUGGUGUCACUAGCCAUACUACAUACGUGUUGUUAUAGAUCUAUUUAAAACAAUGCAA